AUGUCCCAAGUCGUAUUCCUUACUCUCGACUCACCAGAAACGCCAGUUCGUGUAGACAGAGUCCCCCAAACGCAACCCGCUUGGAUUCAUCCACAUUUAAUUGAAAGCACCGACCUAGUCAAAGGCCGGCAAUUCCGCGUCUCAUCUCUUGUUCCAAAAGGCACUUGUCUUCUUACAGACCGCCCAUACGCAGUUAUUCCGGUUGUUGAUGACCCUACCACCAAUGAAAAUCUGAUUUGCAGCAAUCCCGCUUGUAAUAUUCGAGGCAUUGGUCUCGCUGAACGAUGCCGAUGUCCUAAUGACUGCAUUCCCGAUGUCUUUUGGUGCAGCCGUACCUGCAAAGAUAUCGACAGUAUUCGUCAUGAGUUUGAGUGCGGUUGGCUGAAACGAUACUCAAAAUCAAUACGGACUAAGCGGGGUGAGUAUGAGUUUGGAAUGCUGUGGUUGAUUGUUCGCCUGCUUGCUACCAGACAAUGCGAACUGAACGAUAUGGCGUUCACUAAAGAGAGCCAAUUGAGUUUGCAAAGGUGGAAGACGGGCUGGGAGGGCAUAAGCUUGUUAUGUGGAUCUCCCGACACUUGGUCGCAUGAGCGGGUCCGGGCAUGGUCCAACUUGGUUAAGAAGUAUGUCCAAAGCAGCCCCAUCUUACCUCAUGGAUUAAGUACAGAAAGUGUACUUCAUCUGAUUUGUCAAGAAGAAGCGAACUCCUUUGGCCUUUAUCCAAGAGAAACUGGUGUUUUCCCCGUCCCAAAAUCCUGGCCAGACAGAGGGGAACAAUUUGCUGCUGCCGUUUAUCCAACGGCAGCAAUGGCGAAUCAUUCAUGUUCGCCGAAUGUAAGUUGA